GCGAGAGAGAGAGAGAGUGGAAAAUGUACGAAACCAUCUCUCCGGGUAACGCGACCGUUCAACGCGGAAGCAUCAUGUACCUUUUUUUUCUUCCCCUUUUCGACUUCCCAUCCCUGAAUGUAGGCAAUCCGCAUCACAGCGAAUGCGUUCCGUUUGCAAAAAAACGGCUUGUGCUCCAGCAGCGAGGGAGGGACACGCCGCACGCCAAGCAUGUUGGCUCCCUGUUUCCUUCCAGCUGUACAGCUCAUCCCGCUCAUCACACUUUUCCGACACGCCUCCACGUCUCCAUUACCGUUACCAUCCUCUCCCGCAAAACACGAGCCAAGCGAUUAUUGGAGCGACACUAGACCGCGUCGGUCGUUGCCGAUGUUCGAGCACUUCCCGAUCUCAUUUCAGUCGCGUACGGGUGCGAGUCUGGACGUGUCUCUCGGUAGGGAAAAAAAAGAACAUACACACAUAUAGAGAGAGAGAGAGAGAGUGAGGGAGAGUGGUAGUAGCAGGGAACCUUAAACGGAACACUACACUGCAAUCACAGUCACACGGUCCCCCCCGCCCCCCGAAGCGCAUCCGGAAAAAAGAGGGAAAACGGGAAGGUUUUUUUCCCUCCAAACACCAAUACUACUACCGCACUCGUCUACCCCCUUUUUCCCUGUCUUCACUUCGGUCUUCUUCACCACCACGCGGUCUUCUUUAUCCCUCCACCAGUGGUAGGUGGGAGUGUGACACCACACGAUCAAGCCAGCAGCGGUUACUAAAAGUGCAACAAUUUCCCGCCGAUUUCUGAGUGACGGUUUCUGUUUGAUUUUCUUUUUAAACUCGUGAUCAGAAUUUCGGGAUCGGGGAACAUCGUGCGCCUGUGUGUGUGUGUUUGUGGGUGUGAAAAAGUGUUUUAAAAUUUUGGUGCACCCGAGCUUCCAGGUGUAUGUGGGUGUGUGAAGGUGCGUAAGCGUGUGCAACCAGUUAUUGGCGGUGGUCCGCGCAAGGUCCCCGUUGUUGCAAACCCACUGCAACAAAGCUCAUGCAAUCAACGAUCGCGUACCGUCACCGUACAGUCGCACCCAAUCAACCCAUCCGCCAUCGCUGAAGCGCUCAGCCAAUCACUCGAUCCGCUGCCGACCCAUCAACACGAUCUUCCCGCUUUGUGGUUGUGCCUGUUAGUGGAGUCUACAUUUAGGCGCUGAACGGCAAUGAGCUCGUUUAUGGAUGUGGUGGACCUGAACGUCGGCGGUACGCCGUACACGGUCAGCCUGAAGACGCUGCUGGCGGAGGACGGUUCCUGGCUGCAGGAAACGUUCGGUGCGGGCAGCCCACCGCCCGAUCUGCCCGUGGACGGGCGGGGUCACUAUUUCAUCGAUCGCGACGGUGGACUGUUUCGGCACGUGCUGGAUUAUCUGCGCGAUCCGGUCCGUUACACGCUACCGGUGGCGUUUCUCGAGCGCGAUCGGCUCCGCCGGGAGGCGGAAUUUUUCCGGCUGGCCGGUUUGCUGGAGCAGCUCGCCAAGCAGGUACCGGGCUGCAUUACCGUCGGCUACCGGGGCAGCUUCCAGUUCGGCCGGGACGGGCUAGCCGAUGUGAAGUUCCGCAAGAUCACGCGCUUGCUCGUGCACGGGCGGGUCGCCCUGUGCCGGGAGGUGUUUGGCGACACGCUGAACGAAUCGCGCGACCCGGACCAUGGUGCGUCGGAUCGCUACACCGCCCGUUUCUUCCUUAAGCAUGUGUUCAUCGAGCAGGCGUUCGAUAUGCUGCAGGAGCAGGGCUUCCGACUGGUCGGUAGCUGCGGCUCCGGUACGGCCGGCUCCGUUUCGGAAAACCUGAAACCGGGCGUCGACACGGAGGAAAAUCGCUGGAAUCACUACAACGAGUUCGUCUUCGUGCGCGACUAAGUACACCGUACUAACACACUAACAUCUUUUACAUACAAAUAUACACGAUACACACACACACAGACAUCCACGCACACACGUAACCCUAAGAAUAUCGAGAACGGAGCGGAUUUGGCAUGAGAUUAGAACGGUUCAGCACACGCUAAGGAUGGGCACGGGAUGGACAAUAGGAACCAAACGCUGGAUGACAUUUGACUGGCAAAACACUCAAACCCCUCACUGUGCACCGGACCGUAUAGCAAAUCGGCCCACCGAGAGUGAACGAACUAAAUUCGACAACUCGAACUUUUGCAGCCCCUUAAAGUUUGGCACUCUUGAAUUAAUUUCGAACGCUCUCGGCGGGAUGCACGCGAAUACUUUAGUGUAUCCAGAAGAAAGGUAUGGGGAAAAUCAACACAUUUAAAAGAGAAAAAUGAAACACCUCACCAGCGUCCACCAAUCAAUCAAUCCACCGGGGACGGAAAGACUUAACUUCCCACCAAAAACGGAUAAAACCAACCAGCAAAAAAAAAACAAAGGAAAACAAAGCGAAUUACAACUUUUUAAACAUAUUAGCUCGAACGAUUUUUUCCCCCUUUCCUAAAGAAUCAGCACACAACCAAACAGUAGUGAUAGUAGUGCAAUAGAAAGCAAAAUAGUCAAUAGCAAAACAACGCCGAAAAAUCAGCUGCAACCCACCGAUGGAGCGGAAUUAUUUCCUUUCCGUUCCGUUCCUCCCUUCCUUCCUUCUUCCUUUUUGCAAUCGACAGUGAAAAAGGGGUUGUUGUACACCCCUCCCGGGAACAAUCAGCAACUGAGCUAGUUACAGUAAUCAGCGUCUAGCGCAUCUUAUAGAAGGGAACGAUCAAAACGUAGCCAUCAUUACAUUGUGCGACAUUAAGUUUCGUUUAUUUUUUGAGGGAGUGUACGUGUGUACGUGAGAGUGUUAAAAAGAAUUUUCUGAAAAUAUAAUAUCCAGCUGCAGCUCGAAGCAUGCCUAAAUAUUUAUCGAAGGCAGCACCAAAAAAAAAAACACGAAACAAAAUUGCCGAAAAGAGGUGAAAUUUUCAAGCUACACCUUCUUUUUCUUUGCGCCCCCAUAUAAACAUUCGUAUAAUAACACGUGUUUUCGCAGCAUCCAAAUCUUCAUGGCAGCUCAUGAAAAUUCAUCUCACGAACAACAUCAGUAGCAUUAAAAUAUUCACAUGCAGACACACACACACGUAUACACUCCCUGUCGAUGGUUUUUCCUCUUACCGUUGAGGUUAUUUUCUUCCGAGCAAGGUUUUAUUAUUAAUUAACACACAUCCUCCCCCCCCAUUCCGGUGAUAUAGUAAAUCCAGUUCCGUGAACCAAAACAGCACACGAAACGGUUGGAACGUGCGGGUAACGAACGGCCAAGCACAAAUAUGCCGCCCUCUGUGGCGUAAAUAGGUAUCCACAUUUAUUUGUGGUAAACAAUGUAGCUGAAGCAGGCUGAGUGGUGGGAGUCAAGAGAGGUAAAAACCCAGUCAAGCGUAAAAGUAAACGAUUGGACGAUUGGAAAUGAAAGGAAAAUCACGAGCAGCGCAAAGCAACAAACAAAAAGUAAAAUGGCAAUGCGUCAAAUGCAUCUGCUAAUGGGCCAACAGCAACAACAAAAAACAUGUAACACAUACAAAACACAACCACAACCACCAAAAAAAAAAAAAAAUAAAAAUAAAACACACAACACACUACAUUAAAACUUACAACAAAAAAUUUACAAGCAUUUAAGUGAAUUAAGCAAAGCACAACACAACAACAACAAAAACUUGAAGCGGGUAGAAGCGGGUAGUAAGAAGCAUACUUAGAAAGUGGAAGAAGAAAAAAACAAACCAACGCAUCAUAAUAAAAGAAAAAGUGUAGCGUAGAACAUUAACCGGGAUCGGGUCGAUAAUUUAACUAAUGUACGCAAAAAAAUGGGCAAAUUGGGAAUAAAGCAAUGAGAAGGGAAAACGUAAAGAAAUAAGAAAAAAAAACGAACCAGUGGGAGCACAAGAAAUAAACUUUAAGCAUGAAAAGAAAAGUGAGAUAGAACAAGAACAAAAAAAAAACAUAACAUAGUAAUUUGCAAACUAAUAACAAUAGUGAAACAAAAACGAAAACAAAUCAAUAGAUGAAGAAAUGAGAAAAAAUCAGCUUACUGUAUCGAGUAUAUAUAAAAAAAACUGUAUGUGAAAAGAAAUUUCCUUCGGGACAAAGAUCCGGAGAUUUGUUUUGUUUUUUUUUUCUUUUUGUGGAACAAAACUCGAUUUGCAAAACUUUCAAAGGUGAAACGCGUGCAAGGUUGGUAAUGGGGGUGGGGUGGCAAAAUGUACCAAAAUUUUGAUGGAAAGCAGACGAACACAUUCUUGCGGUUUGCGGAUUGGACGUUUCCGAAUUGAGGAUAAAAAUAGUAAUCAUCUAACGUACCGCACGACUUCUUGCUGCGAUGGGUAAAAUGUGAAACAUUAUCGGCUCUGUACUUUGUAUUAAAACUCCACUUAGUAACGUUGUCACUAUCGGGAAGCAGCGCUAUUUGCUACCAACUUACCGAGCAUUAGCAAGCAUUUCAACUACUUGAACCCUUUUUCCCGUGCCCGGAGAGCAGUAACUGCUGUCGGGCAGACUUUUCAUCAAGGGAAAUGGCUAAUGGAAAAACCUCGUUGCGGGUUUAGCAAACCGUAAACAUCGUCCCAGCUGCACGUUGCGGGUGGUGCACCGCUCUUUUGAUCUCUCAGUUUUUUUUAGUUUUUUUUUAUGUUUUGUGUGAAGAAAACUAGCAAGCUGUUUGAUCUGGAGUGCGUUUUUUUGUUUUGUCUAUCCAAUGGAGCAUUCUAUUAUGACUCUAUUGCAGCACUGUGAACGGAUGAUAACCGUAGUUAUGAGUGUUUUUCUUUCCCAACCCCACCCAAAACUAGUUGGAUACGAUAGAAGAACCAAAAAGAAAUCCAGGACGCGCAAAUUGAGCGACAGCAAAAGAAAAACCAAGUGUGAAACAUGCUUGAGAACACAGUCGAACGGGUUACGAUGAAAGGGAAUGGAAACGGAAAAACAAAAGAAACCACACGUAAAUUCAUAAUACCAUUCCCUUACCCCAACGGAACAGAAAGGGGUGUGGUACGAAGGGAGGUUUGGAAAAUCCAAACUACUCCUUGUUUGCGAUGGUAGAAUUUAUCAAGAGAAGUUAUAAACAAAUAUCUCUUUAAUUAAUAAUGCGUACGGUGAAAACGAAUGAUGAUGAUGAUGAUAAUACUUCAUAAUAUUACAACUACUACUACUAACUACUAACUACUAUUCAAUGGUAAUGGUAAAAGAACUAUACUACUAAACAAUAACGCGAACCGGAUGGUAAGCCGAGAUGGGUCGUAGCAAUGCAAGCAGCAAACAAAAAUGGAAUAUAAAGCAACAAGAAGAAAAAAAACAACAUACACACGGAGUAGAAGCAGCAAAAACCAAAUUGAAAUGAAAGUAAAAUAUUAUUGAUAAGAAAUCCCAGAUGAACAAAAUGCAGAACUUAGUAGUGAGAAAACGCAAAAUGCAAAAUGCAUAAAUAAUAAUAAUAAUAUUAAUAAUAAUAUGAAUAAUAAAUAAUGCAAGUAAUUAUAAUUAAAGAACAAGAAUGCAAAAGAAGAAAAAAGAAAAUACACACACACACAAACAAGAAAAGAAACACAGAAAUGAAAAUUGAUAUAUACAUAUAUAUCUUCAACCAAAGUUAAGUUAAGUGAGAAACCAAACCCUAGAAACGAGCAACCAAUCACAUGACAACAAAACAAACCAAAAAAAAACAAAACAAAAAAACCAAUUGGGAAAAGAAAAUUCCAACAUCGGCAGACAGGCACAGGAAUGGUUUAACAUGGGCGUGAAUGGAUUGGAAUCGAGCGAAUAAUUAAAGCUUGCCACAGAUGCAAGACCCACCAGACGGGAAGUUUUGUUGUAUUUUGGAUGGUUGUUUGGAGACAGGGAGAGGGGAAGAAGAGAGAGAGAGAGUGGCCCGAAGUGGUCCAAAUCGAGUGGACUGGCGGUCACUAGAUGGAUUGGUUCGGACCCGGCUGGAAAAAAAACAUUUUUGGCGAAGAAAUGCGUUUUCAAAAGAGAUUGGUAAAGCGAUGCUAUGGAAGAGAGAAAUGAAAGAGAGCGCAAGAGAAAGGGAAAGAGAGAGAGAAAGUCAUAAUAAAAACAAAACGUCUAAGGAAAACCCAAUCAAACCAAGA